AUGCGCCUUCGAUCAUCCUAUCUGCCUGCUUCGCUGGCUCCCCCUGCCUGUGAUGACGACAACAUCGCGUCCCCAACCGCCAGAGUAUCUCUGUCGAAUCCCAUCGAGCUACCCACACAUGUUGACGACGACGACGACGACGACGACGACGGCAGCAGCAGCAGCAACAGCGACAUGACAAUCACGAUGCUGGAAGGCUCAGCCGCCGAUGCCUUCAUCGGCUGUCAACACAGCAGCGGCACCAGCGGCAGCAGAGGGCCGCGACGGCGACAACGACAACGACGACCGCCAAAUGGUAUCGCCAUCCCGACCACCACCAGCACCAGCACCACCACCGUGCCUCUCCUCCUCCUCGCCCUCCUCCUCGCCCUCCUCACCCCGACCGUUGCCGCCGUCCAGAUCCCCUUCACCAACUGCCUGUCGGCCGAGUACAGGUUCAACAAACCCCGUCCGCUGCAGUGGGAGCCCCUGUACGCCGACGCCGUCUUCGACACCGAGACCGACAGCCAUAACCUCCGCCUCACCAUCUGGGGCAACGUGAGCGGCUCCGUCAGCGAUACCACCCUCCCCGCCGCCAACAGCCCCUACUGGCAGGACGACAACGAGACCGAGGGCAAGAUCGUCCGCUCGCCGGACCCCGACGCCGCCGAUGCCAAGGCCACCACCCUCUAUCGCAAGGUCGACAUCCUCACCUACCAGCCCUGGAGUCAGGCCGUCGACUUCUGCACGGAGGCCUUGGUCAACUAUACCUGCCCGCUCAGUCCAGUCUUUAGCCCGGAUGUCCAGGAACCAUAUGGCCUUCCCUCCUUCAACCUGAGCCACGACUUCUACUCCUCGUACGCCUUCUCCACCUUCAACCCGACCCUGAUCGUCAUCUGGGGCGACAGGGCCGCCACCGACAUCGGCUGCAUCUCCGCCUCCAUCACCCCGGACCUCGGGAGGCUGGCCCAGCUCGUCCGCUUCCUGCCGCUGCUCGUCCUAGCCCUGACCGGCGUCGCCGUCGUCUUCGCCGCCGUCUACAGCCCCUGGGGCAGCACGAACGUCUUCCACUGGACCUCCAACUACGGCCGCGACGCCGACCUGCUCAGGCUCGUCACCCCGGGCUUCGGCGACUGCCUCCAGUACAUCCAGUUCGUCGUCCUGACCGGCGGCCUGGGCCUGAGCUACCCGGGCUUCUACCAGCCCAUCGUCAGCCGCGCCUCCUGGGCCGCCCUCAUGUUCGCCCAGAGCUUCGUCAAGCACGCCGACCCGUGGGAGCCCGUCGUCGACGGCGUCUACGUGACCGAGGCCCGCAACGGCAUGGCCAGGCUGGCCCAGCUGGCCGGCAUGGCCGAGCCCGCCGACGUCUGGGCCGGCAUGAUGGUCUGGCUGUGCGUCAUCGUCCUGGCCGCCACCGUCCUCGCCCAGGCCGGCUUCCUCGUCCAGUGGCUCCUCCGCUUCCUGUCCAGCACGCCCGAGGAGGACCUGCGCGCCAAGAACCUGCCGUUCUCGGUCGGCAACGUCAUCCGCAUCGUCUACAACUACUUCCUCCUGCCCAUCAUCUCCCUGUCCACCUUCCAGCUCGUCGUCGCCGACGAGUCGCCCUCCUUCGCCGUCGCCCUGGCCGUCGUCACCAUCGUCGCCCUGCUCGUCUUCACCGCCUGGUCGCUGCGGCUCAUCAUCACGACCAGGCCCAAGUCGGUCCUGUUCGACGACCUGCCCAUCGUUCUGCGCUACGGCCCGCUCUACAACACCUACGAGGACCACUCGGCCGCCUUCGCCCUGAUCCCCGUCGUCCUCACCUUCGUGCGCGGCAUCGCCAUCGGCGCCGUCCAGGCCAGCGGCAUCGCCCAGGUCGUCCUGCUGGCCAUCUGCGAGAUCAUCCAGACCCUGACCAUCCACGCCUUCCGCCCCUUUGGCCGCCCCACCUCGAUGAACGCCUACCACACCGUCUUCUCCGCCCUGCGCUUCGUCUCCCUCAUGCUCAUGGUGACCUUUGCCCCCUCGCUCGGCGUCACCGACGGCCCCAAGGGCUGGAUCGGCUACGCCAUCCUCGUCCUGCACGCCGUCGUCCUCACCCUCGGCUUCUUCGUCAACGCCCUGCAGACCAUCGUCGAGGUCGUCGCCCUCAUGCUGGGCGCCGGCGGCGACGACGACCGCGGCCUCACCAGGGGCGGCCUGUCCAAGAUCUUCGGCAUGCGCCAGCUCUCGCGCCGCGCCACCCCCCGCGACGGCCCCUCCCGGGCCAGCCAGCUGUCCACCGCCGCCAUGCUCGACGUCGACGACGGGGCCAAGACGGGCUACUCCAUGCCCGGCGGCCGCCUGAGGAGCUCCUCCGGCGCCAGCCUCGGGGCCAUCCUCCUGGGCCCGGCCGCCCACCGGAGGACCGGCUCGGGCCUCGACAGCCCCGACAUGUACGUGAGCCACCCGGGCCAGCGACCGGUCGACAGCGCGAGCUCCUACGCCCCCGGCACCCCGGGCGGCACGAGCACCUUCUCCUUCCUCACGUCCGCCGCGGUCUCGAGGACGCAGAACCCGCCCCCCGUCCCCGAGGCCUCGGACCCCUACUACAGGCCCCCCCGCCGGCGCAGGGACACCCUCCCCGGCUCCCAGCAGCCGGACGACUGCGGGCACGGGGACCCCGCCAGCGCCGCAGCCGCCGCGGGUGCGGCUGCCGGGGCUGCCGGGGCUGCCGCCGGCGCCACCACCGCCGGCGCCGCCUCGGCCGGCGCCACGGACUCGAAGCGUCUGAGCGCGCCGGGUGACGCCGCGGAUCUGCCGGGCGACAUCUCCCGGGGCGCCACGCCCGCGCCGGCCGCCAACCCGGACAUACUCCCGCCCAACCGACCCGACUACUCGACACGCGAGGUGGACUUCUACUACGGCGUGCGCGGACCCGCCCUCAACUCGGACGGACCGGGCCGCAAGCUGGGCACCGGGCCGGCCGACCCUACCGGCCCCGUGGCCACGGCAUCGGUCUGGUUCCGCAGCAUAUUCGGCGGGAAGACCAAGGAGAAGGGCAAGGGAUUCGAGGUCGUGCGCAGCGCCCGCAUGCCCCCGGACAUGGCACGCAACGGCGGCUUCGGCGACGAGACCCCCCCCGAGGGUAUCCCCGUGGCCAUGGGCGUCCUGCGCAACGGACCCAUCGAGUCGGAUGACGACGACGACCGCGGCGGCGACGACCGCGCGGUGGCCCAGCAGCAGCGCUCCCGCUCCCACUCCAAAGCCCAGUCCCAGUCCCAGUCCCGGUCCCGGUCCCGGCCCGGCAGCAACAGCAACAACAACCCGGCAGCCGCAUCACGGCAGCGCAAGCCAGACGGUCUGCUGACGGACGACGGAAGACCCCGUCCCGGCGACGACGACUCGGACGACCCGGUCAGCCCGGUCAGCCACCACCACCACCACCACCACCGCCACGACGACGACGACCCGCUACGCGACCCCGUCAGUCCCAUCUCCAUAUCCGACUCGGACGACCCAGACGAGCAGAUGCCGGCCUCGCCGGCCUCGGGUCCCGAGAUCCCGCGGAAGAGCUCAAAGAGGCACUCGGCACUGAUGGACCAUCCGAGCGUCCCCGCCCCCGUCCCCGUCCCGGCCGCCGCAGCCGAAGCAGCACCACCCGCCCGACCGCUGACCGCGGGCCAGAACCAGACCCGCCUACCCUUUGAGCACCACGGAUCUCAGCGCUCCGCCAACGCCGGCUCGUCCCGCUGCGGCGACGACGACGACGACGACGACGACGAGGACUUCCGCCCCCUGUCGAGGCUGCCCAGCUCCAGGAGCGACAGACCCGUCAGCUUCGGCGUCGUCUCGCAGAGGAACCCGGCUAGGGUGGACCCGGCGUUCUCCGACGUGGAUAUACUGUCUAGCUCCGCAGAGGUGAUUGAUCGGGGGAGGUGA